CAACACUAUUUGCAGCAGCACAAUGGCAUUCAAGUUCGUCGUCCUGUGCGCCCUCGUGGCCUACGCCAACGCUGGUCUCCUCCGAUCGGCUCCUCUGGCCUACGCAGCAGCUCCAGUGGCCUACGCUGCAUCUCCCAUCGCCAGUGCCGUGGUUGCCAAGACCGUCGACACCGAGUACGACCCCCAUCCCCAGUACAGCUACAGCUACGACGUCCAGGACUCCCUGACCGGUGACUUCAAGGCCCAGUCCGAGACCCGCGACGGAGAUGUCGUCCAGGGCCAGUAUUCCCUCAUCGAGUCCGAUGGCACCCGCCGCAUCGUCGACUACACCGUCGAUCCCCUCAACGGAUUCAACGCCGUCGUCCGCAAGGAGCCCGUCGCCGUCGCCGUCAAGGCCGCCCCCGUCGUCGCCAAGAUCGCCACCCCCGUGGUCGCCGCUGCCCCAGUCGCCAAACUGGCCCCAGCUGCCUAUGCCGCAUACGCCCCGGCUGCCUAUGCCGCCCCGGCUGCUUAUGCCCCAGCUGCCUACGCUGCCGGCCCAGCCAUCGCCUACAAGUCGUACGCUGCCCCAGCUGCCUUUGCCCCGGCUGCCUACGCCCCAGCUGCCUACGCCGCACCAGCUCUUGCCUACAAGUCGUACGUCGCCCCAGCUGCCUACGCUGCCGCCCCGGCCAUCGCCUACAAGUCGUAUGCUGCUGCCCCUUUUGGCUACUAUCACUAA